UUUGUUGACUUGGGACUCUGCAGGUGUUUGGAUCCGUCGGUCAUCACUUUCCAUGGAAUUGUCGCCAGAAGAAGACCCUCUUUGUUUCUUUGGCAAUACCCGACUAUGAAGCUGAUCCUCGUCCUCCUGUCCUUGUGGAUGUUCUCGUGCCGCUGCAUUCGAUUCUCUGUUGUUCUUGCUGCUGCCACGAGCACAGUUUCAACGGGGCAGAGCCUCACGAGCUCAGACACUCUAGUAUCUUCUGGUGGGAUAUUCGAGCUGGGUUUCGUUUCCCCAGGGAAUUCUUCUUACAGAUACCUCGGAAUAUGGUACAAGAAGAUUGAGGUAAGGACCAUUGUCUGGGUGGGUAACAGAGACCUGCCUCUCACCACCUCCUCUCCUGCUCUCGCCGUGGACGGAGCCAAUCUUGUGAUCCUGGAUGGCAGAAUAACCUACAAGUUGAGCAAUAAUUCCGUCGGCGGCAACGCCAGCGCCACGCUGUUGGAUUCGGGGAAUUUUGUAUUGAGGGAGGAUAGCUCGGAAGCGAUCCUGUGGCAGAGUUUUGAUGAGCCUUCGGAUACUUUUCUGCCUGGAAUGAAGCUUGGAUACAGCAGAAAGACUGGAAAGGUAUGGGCGCUGACUUCGUGGAAGAACGCCACGGACCCCAGCCCUGGGGAUUCCUCCCUGAGGAUAGAUUCCGAAAGCCCAGAUGAGUUUGUUAUCCUGAAAGGUAGCCAGAAAUAUUGGACUAGCGGGCCUUGGGAUAGAGAUUCCCAAACAUUCUCUCUUGUUCCUGAGAUGAGAUUAAACUACAUUUUCAAUUACAGCUUCAUUAGCAAUCCAGAUGAGAGUUAUUUCACAUAUUCGCUUUAUGGUUCGUCCGCUGAUAUAACCUCAAGAUUAGUUAUGGAACUGUCUGGACAGAUUCAACAAAUGACCUGGCUGGAGUCUUCAAAGGCAUGGAAUCUGUUUUGGAGUCAACCACGGGACGGAUGUGAUGUCUUCAAGUUCUGUGGAUCGUUCAGCAGAUGCAGUGAAAGUACUGAUGAUUCUUGCGAAUGCUUGGUUGGGUUUAGGCCCUCCGAUCCGGACAAGUGGCCACAGUAUGAUACAUCUGCAGGGUGCGUGAGGAGAAUACCGCUGCAGUGUGAGCAAAUGGGAUAUGGGAAUGGUGAUAAGGACGUUUUCCUCAAGAUGGACCAUGUGACAUUUCCGCUGAAUUACAAAACCUUGGAAAAAAUAUCCAAUGAAGCAUGUAUAUUGGCCUGCUCAGGUGAUUGUUCUUGCACUGCAUAUGCUUAUAUUGCCGGUGGCAGUGGCAGGUGUUUACUGUGGCACGGAGACCUCUUAAAUCUGAAGCAGGUCUAUGACGGUGAUUUCAGAAGUGAAACAGUAUACAUCAAAGUUGCCGCUUACGAGCUCCAAAACAAGACGCGCCAAAGCUCCACCCCAGGGACGCUAAAGGUAACCCUGGCUUCUGUAGUUCCUCUCACUGCUCUCGCCCUAACCACCUACAUCUGUUGCCGAUGGAAAAUGAAACAGAAGGGUAAAAUGGGACCGACUCAGGACAUUUUACUGUUUGAUGUAGAGAUGAGCAUUGCUGCUAGUGCGGGUGAAACUUCUCGAAAGGGAAUUGGAAAUGAAAAUCAUAAGAAGGAUGUUUGGUUGCCUUUGUUUAGCUUUUUGAGUGUAACUGCUGCGACAGAAAACUUCUCAAAUUCGAACAAGCUAGGAGAAGGAGGUUUUGGACCAGUUUACAAGGGUAAAUUACUGAACGGCAAACAUGUAGCAGUGAAGAGGCUCUCCAAGAAGUCUGCCCAAGGGAUGUUAGAGUUGAAAAACGAAACAAUGCUUAUAGCCAAGCUACAACACAAGAACCUUGUUAGACUCCUGGGCUGCUGCUUAGAGCGAGAUGAAAAGAUUCUAAUCUACGAAUAUAUGCCCAACAAAAGCUUAGAUUCCUUCCUCUUCGAUCAAACAAAAGGACAUCUCCUAAAUUGGGAAGUGCGUGCACACAUUGUUGAAGGAAUCGCUCAAGGGCUUAUUUAUCUUCAUGAGCACUCCAGAUUGCGCAUUGUCCACAGAGACCUCAAGGCUAGCAAUAUUCUGUUGGAUAGUGAUAUGAACCCCAAGAUAUCUGAUUUUGGCCUAGCAAAGAUGUUCGGGGGAAAUGAAUCUGUGGCAAACACAAAUCGAAUUGUGGGAACAUAUGGCUAUAUGUCUCCGGAGUAUGCCUUGGAGGGAGUCGUCUCCACAAAGUCGGAUGUGUUCAGCUUUGGAGUGCUGCUUCUGGAGAUAAUAAGCGGCAAAAAGAAUACUGGCUUUUAUCAGACCGAUUCGAUGAAUCUUCUUGGAUAUGCUUGGCAGCUGUGGCAAGAAGACAGAACUCUCUGCUUGGUGGAUUCGGUGUUAGACCACCAUGAAUCAGAUACUAUGCUUAUGAGACAUAUUAAUGUGGCUCUUCUGUGUGUUCAAGAGAUUGCAGCUGAUAGGCCAACUAUGUCAGAAGUAUUGACGAUGCUCACGAAUGAGCUUUUGAUUCUACCUUCUCCAAAGCAGCCAGCUUUCUCAUAUAUAAGGACUCAGAAUAUCCCAGAACCUCCUCUUUACAGACCUGAUCUGGAUUCAGUAAAUGAUGUUACGGUCUCUCUAAUGGAAGCUCGAUACAGUUCAAUGGAUUCACCAUGCAACAUGAAUUUGUGGACCAUGAAACUGACCCUUGUGUCCUUGUUGUUGAUGUUCUCGUGCCAUUGCAUUCGAUUCUCUGCUGUUCUUGCUGCUGCAAGGAGCACAAUUUCAACGGGACAGAGCCUCCCGAGCUCAGACACUCUCGUAUCUUCUGGUGGGGUAUUUGAGUUGGGUUUCUUUUCCCCAGGGAAUUCUUAUACAUACCUCGCAAUAUGGUACAAGAAGAUUGAGGUAAGAACCACUGUCUGGGUGGGUAACAGAGAUCUGCCUCUGACCACCUCGUCUCCUGCUCUCGCCGUAGACGGAGCCAAUCUUGUGAUCCUGGAUGGCAGAAUAACCUACAAGUUGAGCGAUAAUUCCGUCAGUGGCAACGCUAGCGCCACGCUGUUGGAUUCGGGGAAUCUUGUAUUGAGGGAGGAGAGCUCGGAAACGAUUCUGUGGCAGAGUUUCGAUGAUCCUUCGGAUACUUUUCUGCCUGGAAUGAAGCUUGGAUACAGCAGGAAGACUGGAAAGGUAUGGGCGCUGACUUCGUGGAAGAACGCCCUGGACCCUAGCCCUGGGGAUUUCUCCCUGAGGAUGGAUUCCGAAACCCAGGAUGAAUUUGUUAUCCUGAAAGGUAGCGAGAAAUAUUGGACUAGUGGGUCUUGGGAUAGAGAUUCACUAAAAUUCUCUCUUGUUCCUGAGAUGAGAUUAAACUACAUAUUCAAUUUCAGCCUCAUUAGCAAUCCAGAUGAGAGUUAUUUCACAUAUUCGCUUUAUGGUUCGUUUGCUAAUAUAAGCACAAGAUUAGUUAUGGAACUGUCUGGACAGAUUGGACAAAUGACCUGGCUAGAGGCUGCAAAGGCAUGGAAUCUGUUUUGGAGUCAACCAUGGGACGAAUGUGAUGUCUUCAAGUUCUGUGGUUCAUUCAGCAAAUGCAACAACAGAACAAGUCCUCCUUGUGACUGCUUGGAUGGAUUUAGGCCCUCAGAUGCGGAGAAGUGGCAAGAGCAUGAUACAUCUGCAGGUUGUGCGAGGAGAAUACCAUUGCAGUGUGAAGAAAUGGGAUAUGGAAAUGGUGAUAAGGACGGGUUCCUCAAGAUGGACCAUGUGACAUUUCCGCUCUAUUACAAUACCUUGGACGGAAUAUCCACUGAAGCAUGUAAAUCAGCCUGCUCAGGUGAUUGUUCUUGCACUGCAUAUGCUUAUAGUGGCAGUGGCAGUGGCAGGUGUUUGCUGUGGCACGGAGACCUCUUAAAUCUAAAGCAGCUCUCUGAAGAUGAUCCUACCAGUAAAACAAUAAACGUCAAACUUUCUGCUUAUGAGCUCCAAAACUCCCAAGGGAUUAACAAAACACUAAAGAUAGCCCUAGCUUCUGUUGUUCCUCUUGUUGCCCUAGUCCUAAGCACCUACAUCUGUUGCCGUUGGAAAAAGAAACAGAAGGGUAAAAUGGGACCGACUUGGGACAUUUUACUGUUCGAUGUGGACAUGAGUAUUGCUGCUAGUGCGGAUGAAAUUUCUCAAGAAGGAAUUGGAAAUGAAAAGCAUAUGAAGGAUGCUUCAUUGCCUUUGUUUAGCUUUUCAAGUGUGACUGCUGCGACAGAAAACUUCUCGAAUUCGAACAAGCUAGGAGAAGGAGGUUUUGGACCAGUUUACAAGGGUAAAUUACUGAACGGCAAACAUGUAGCAGUGAAGAGGCUCUCCAAGAAGUCUGCUCAAGGGAUUUUAGAGUUGAGAAAUGAAACAAUGCUUAUAGCCAAGCUACAACACAAGAACCUUGUUAGACUCCUGGGCUGCUGCUUAGAGCGAGAUGAAAAGAUUCUAAUCUACGAAUAUCUUCCCAACAAAAGCUUAGAUUCCUUCCUCUUCGAUCAAACAAAAGGACAUCUCCUAAAUUGGGAAACGCGUGCACACAUUGUUGAAGGAAUUGCUCAAGGGCUUAUUUAUCUUCAUGAACACUCAAGAUUGCGCAUUAUCCACAGAGACCUCAAGGCUAGCAACAUUCUGUUGGAUAGUGAUAUGAACCCCAAGAUAUCUGAUUUCGGCUUAGCAAAGAUGUGGGGAAAUGAAUCCGUGGCAAACACAAAUCGAAUUGUGGGAACAUAUGGCUAUAUGUCUCCGGAAUAUGCCUUGGAUGGAGUCGUCUCCAUAAAGUCGGAUGUGUUUAGCUUUGGAGUGCUGCUUCUGGAGAUAAUUAGCGGUAAAAAGAAUACUGGCUUUUAUCAGACUGAUUCGAUGAAUCUUCUUGGAUAUGCUUGGCAACUGUGGCAAGAAGACAGAGCUCUUUGCUUGGUGGAUUCAGUGUUAGACCACCACGAAUCGGAUACUAUGCUUAUGAGACAUAUUAAUGUGGCUCUUCUGUGUGUUCAAGAGAUUGCAGCCGAUAGGCCUACUAUGUCAGAAGUAUUGACGAUGCUCACGAAUGAGCUUUUGAUUCUACCUUCUCCAAAGCAGCCAGCUUUCUCAUAUAUAAGGACAAAGAAAAUCCCAGAACCUCCUCUUCACAGACCUGAUCUCAAUUCAGUAAAUGAUGUUACGGUCUCUUUAAUGGAAGCUCGAUAGCUUUUCAGACAUGAGAUUCAUCUUGUUUCAUGUGAUUCUACGCCUAAGGGCUACGUUUGUGAUUUGUAAGUGCAAAAGAAAAAUGAUUUGAGCUUUAUUGUAUAAUUGAAUUAUGGUGGAAUUUGUCUUCAUCAAGAAACAGGAAGUUCAAUACGAGCUCAGUUAAGUUACGGUUGAUUAUGAUCGUUAUUAAAAUAAUAGAGCUGGAGCUUUCUAUUGU